AUGGGCGCCUUCGACCCCAUCAUCACUUAUGACAAGGCGACAUACAUAGAGACAGAUACGGGCAACAAAGUCUCUCGGAGGGCGCUGAUUUCUGGCGCCACCAACAUUGUUCUUGGAGGAAAGUCUAUCAUCCAAACAUCUGCCAUCCUCCGAGGCGAUCUUCGACGGUCGACAGCUGGGCAGCAUGUUGUCAUUACCGUUGGCAGAUACUGCCUCAUCGGCGAGGGUGCGGUCAUUCGGCCGCCUGGCAAGAUUUACAAGGGCGCGUUCACGUUCUACCCUGUGAGGAUAUCAGACUUCACCCAUAUAGGUACCAACUGCAUAGUGGAGGCGGCCCAGAUCGGGUCUGGGGUAGAUAUCGGGGAAGGCAGUGUCAUAGGAAAGUUCGUGGUGAUCAAAGAUCUUGCGGUCAUAUUGCCUGGCACAGUACUUCCUGAAGGAACAGUGGUUGCUUCGAUGUCUGUUUGGGGCGGAAAUCCAGGCAAGUAG